AGGUCCGAGGCUCGGGGGAGGGAGGUAGAGAAGAGGGAAGGAGCGAGGGAAGGAACGCGGGGAAAGGAGGAAGGAAACGAACGAGGGGGAGGUCCCUGUUUUGGAGGAGCUGGGAGCUUUGCCGGCCCCUGAAGUGGAGCGAGAGGGAGGUGCUUCGCCGUUUCUCCUGCCGGGGGAGGUCCCGGCUUCCCGUGGAGACUCCGGACCAAGCCCCUUCAGCUUCUCCCUCCGGAUCGAUGUGCUGCUGUUAACCCGUGAGGAGGCGGCGGCCGCGGAAGAUGGUGUUGCUGAGAGCGUUAAUUCUGCUCCUUUCCUGGGCGGCGGGGCUGGGAGGUCAGUAUGGAAACCCUUUAAAUAAAUACAUUAGACAUUAUGAAGGAUUAUCUUAUGAUGUGGAUUCAUUACACCAAAAACACCAGCGUGCCAAAAGAGCAGUUUCACAUGAGGACCAGUUUUUACGUCUCAAUUUCCAUGCCCAUGGAAGACAUUUCAACCUACGAAUGAAGAGGGAUACAUCCCUUUUCAGUGAUGAAUUUAAAGUAGAAACAUCAAAUAAAGUACUUGAUUAUGAUACCUCUCAUAUUUACACUGGACAUAUUUAUGGUGAAGAAGGAAGUUUUAGCCAUGGAUCUGUUAUCGAUGGAAGAUUUGAAGGAUUCAUCCAGACUCGUGGUGGCACGUUUUAUGUUGAGCCAGCAGAGAGAUAUAUUAAAGACCGAACUCUGCCCUUUCAUUCUGUCAUUUAUCAUGAAGAUGAUAUUAACUAUCCACAUAAAUAUGGUCCACAGGGGGGCUGUGCAGAUCAUUCAGUAUUUGAAAGGAUGAGGAAGUACCAGAUGACUGGUGUAGAGGAAGCAACACAGACGCCUCAAGAAGUACAUGCCGUUAAUGGUCCAGAACACCUAAGGAAAAAACGUACAACUUCAGCUGAAAGAAAUACUUGUCAGCUUUAUAUUCAGACUGAUCAUCUGUUCUUUAAAUAUUAUGGAACACGAGAAGCUGUGAUUGCUCAGAUAUCCAGUCAUGUUAAAGCGAUUGAUACAAUUUACCAGACUACAGACUUCUCCGGAAUCCGUAACAUCAGUUUCAUGGUGAAACGAAUAAGAAUCAACACAACUGCUGAUGAAAAGGACCCUACAAAUCCCUUCCGUUUCCCGAAUAUUGGUGUGGAGAAGUUUCUGGAAUUGAAUUCUGAGCAGAAUCAUGAUGACUACUGUUUGGCCUAUGUCUUCACAGACCGAGAUUUUGAUGAUGGUGUUCUUGGUUUGGCUUGGGUUGGAGCACCUUCAGGAAGCUCUGGAGGAAUAUGUGAAAAAAGCAAGCUGUAUUCAGAUGGUAAGAAGAAGUCCUUAAACACUGGAAUUAUUACUGUUCAGAACUAUGGAUCUCAUGUACCUCCCAAAGUCUCUCACAUUACUUUUGCUCAUGAAGUUGGACAUAACUUUGGAUCUCCACAUGAUUCUGGAACAGAGUGCACUCCAGGAGAAUCUAAGAAUUUAGGACAGAAAGAAAAUGGCAAUUACAUCAUGUAUGCAAGAGCAACAUCUGGGGACAAACUUAACAACAAUAAAUUCUCACUCUGUAGUAUUAGAAAUAUAAGCCAAGUUCUUGAGAAGAAGAGAAACAACUGUUUUGUUGAAUCUGGCCAACCUAUUUGUGGAAAUGGGAUGGUGGAGCAAGGUGAAGAAUGUGACUGCGGCUAUAGUGACCAGUGUAAAGAUGAGUGCUGCUACGAUGCGAACCAGCCAGAGGGGAAGAAGUGCAAGCUGAAGCCUGGGAAGCAGUGCAGCCCAAGUCAGGGUCCCUGUUGUACAGCACAGUGUACAUUCAAAUCAAAAACUGAGAAGUGUCGGGAUGAUUCAGACUGUGCAAAAGAAGGAAUAUGUAAUGGCAUCACAGCUCUCUGCCCAGCCUCUGAUCCUAAACCAAACUUUACAGACUGUAAUAGGCAUACACAAGUGUGCAUUAAUGGGCAAUGUGCAGGUUCUAUCUGUGAGAAGUACGGCUUGGAGGAGUGUACCUGCGCCAGUUCAGAUGGCAAAGAUGACAAGGAAUUAUGCCAUGUCUGCUGUAUGAAGAAGAUGGAUCCAUCGACUUGUGCCAGUACAGGGUCUUCGCGGUGGAACAUGCACUUCGUUGGUCGAACCAUCACCUUGCAACCUGGAUCCCCUUGCAAUGAUUUUAGAGGCUACUGUGAUGUCUUUAUGCGGUGCAGAUUAGUAGAUGCUGAUGGUCCUCUGGCUAGGCUUAAAAAAGCAAUUUUUAGUCCAGAGCUCUAUGAAAACAUUGCUGAAUGGAUUGUGGUUUAUUGGUGGGCAGUAUUACUUAUGGGAAUUGCCCUCAUCAUGCUAAUGGCUGGAUUUAUUAAGAUAUGCAGUGUUCAUACUCCAAGCAGUAACCCAAAGCUGCCUCCUCCUAAACCUCUUCCAGGCACUUUAAAGAGGAGGAGACCCCCACAGCCCAUUCAGCAACCCCAGCGUCAGAGGCCCCGGGAGAGUUAUCAAAUGGGACACAUGAGACGUUAACUGCAGCUUUUGCCUUGGUUCUUCCUAGUGCCUACAACGGGAAAACUUCACUCCAAAGAGACACCUAUUAAAUCAUCAUCCCCAAACUAAACCCUCACAAAUAACAGUCGAAGAAAAAAUGGCAAGAGAUCAUGUCCUCAGACCAGGUGGAAUUACUUAAAUUUUAAAGCCUGAAAACUCCAAUUUGGGGGUGGGGGGAGGUGGAAAAGGAACCCAAUUUUCUUAUGGACAGCUAUUUUUAACCUAAUGGCACAAAGUCUUAGAAUAUUAUUAUGUGCCCCAUGUUCCCUGUUCUUCGUUGCUGCAUUUUCUUCACUUGCAGGCAAACUUGGCUCUCGAUAAAACUUUUAUCACAAAUUGAAAUAUAUAUAUAUUUUUUUCAACUGCCAGUCAAGGCUAGGAGGCUCGACCACCUCAACAUUGGAGACAUCACUUGCCAAUGUACAUACCUUGUUAUAUGCAGACAUGUAUUUCUUACGUACACUGUACUUCUGUGUGCAAUUGUAAACAGAAAUUGCAAUAUGGAUGUUUCUUUGUAUUAUAAACUUUUUCCGCUCUUAAUGAAAAAUUACUGUUUAAUUGACAUACUCAGGAUAACAGAGAAUGGUGGUAUUCAGUGGUCCAGGAUUCUGUAAUGUUUUACACAGGCAGUUUUGAAGUGAGAAUCAAUUUACCUUUUUAUAAUGAUGGAGUUGGUUCUGAUACUCAUCUUGUCUUCAUCCAAUGGCUGCUAAGAGCACAGGAGUGACUACGCUGAGAACACAAUUAAGUGUGCAAACUGGACAUACGCAGCAUACUACUUCAGAGUCCGUUCUUACGUAAACGUCUGAUUUCUGCUUACUUUAAACUUUCUAAUUCAAUUCCAGUUUUGAAUUGAUAGGUGAAAUUUUAAUCAUGCUUUGGUAGAAAUUAUGUCAAUGAAAUGAUUUUUUUAUUUGUAGCCUGUUAUUUGUGUUUUCCAUAUAUCUAAAGUAUGCUAAUUAUGUUUUUGGUUUUUUCUGAUAUGGAAAAGAAAAGCUGUGUCUUUUAUUUCAUCAAAAUAUUGGAACAGUUUUUUCAGCAUACUAUCACUGAUCAUUGGUAACCACUAAAGAAGGGUGAUUUGUUCAACUAGUAGUUAAAAUUGUAGAUAAUCUAGGCCUUCUGACAUUUUUUUUCCUUAAAAUAUUUUAACAACAGUGAAGGUGAAACAGCACAAUGUCCCAUUCCAAAUUUAUUUUUUAAACAGAUGUAAAUAAUUGGCUUUUUAAAGAAAGAAAGCAAAAGCAUUUAAUGUAUUAACAGGCUUAUUGCUAUGCAGGAAUGGAAGGGGGCAUUACAAAAAAGUUUUAAGCUUGUGACAUAUUUAUUGCUUCUGUUUUCCAACUACAUCACUUAAAUUAGAAGUAAACAGCUAUGAUUUUUCUGGCUUCACAUAGGAGGCAAAUUUAGGGAACGUUGAAAAGAUUUGUGUUUUGGCUUUUUUUUUCCUUUUUGUUUCUUAAGAGUAUAAGGUUUACACAAUCAUUCUCAUAAUGUGACGCAAGCCAGCAAGGCCAAAAAUGCUAGAGAAAAUAAUGGGAUCUCUUCCUUGUAAACUUGUACAGUAUGUGGUGACUUUUUUCAAAAUACAGCUUUUUGUACAUGAUUUAGAGACAAAUUUUGUACAUGAAACCCCAGAUAGACUAUAAAUAAUUCUAAACAAACAAGUAGGUAGAUAUGUAUGUAAUUGCUUUUAAAUCAUUUAAAUGCCUUUGUUUUUGGACUGUGCAAAGGUUGGAAGUGGGUUUGCAUUUCUAAAACGGUGACUUUUAUUCUGCAAGAGUUCUUAGUAACUUCUUGAGUGUGGUAGACUUUGGAACAUGUACAUUUUUUGCUUGUAAUGUUAUCCUGUGGUAGGGUUUUGGCAGGUACACACUGCCCUAUUUUAUUUUGAGUCUAAGUUAAAUGUUUUCUGACAAGAGAUACGUGCACUGAACUCUUUCCACUGCAAAUCAAGGUGUGGUAAACAAAAGGAUCAGGACAAAUGAGAUCUAAUACUACUGUCAGUUUAAUGUCCACUGUGUUUUAUACAGUAUCUUUUUGUUCACUUUGGAAAUUUUUACUAAAAAUUGCAAAAAAUAAAGUAUUGUGCAAAGAUGUAAGGUUUUUUGAAACUUGAAAUGCAUUAAUAAAUAGACUUGAUGAAAUCAACUCGAAGGUUCCAUACUCUUUGAACUCUGAGAACUAGCAAAAGGAGCUUCCCGCCAGGCACCUUUCCCUUACUAACUGAAGGAGAGAUGAUUAAGCGGAGAGAGGAUUGACUCUUUCCACACACAUACGGAUAGUUUUAUUCCAGGUUAGGAGUCCAUGAAAAAAAUGUAUGAUCAGCUAUCUCUGUAUCUACACGCAGUGAUCAUUUAAAAAAAUACUCGACUGAUCUCAACUGCUUUACAUUACUUCUAAUCAAUAUUCAAAAUGUUUAAAAGUCUUCGUCUUGGUAGACGAACAGAGUCAUUUUGGAAACUGUGGUCUUACCUCCCAAAGUUUUGAAUACUAAGUACCUCAUUUAUUUUAAAAGUCUAUUUAAGUAGUUAGUAUGUUUUAAAGUUUGGAGCCACAUUUUCGUGUUUUGUCAAAUUCAUAGCAAAUAAGGAGAGAACUGACAUUUCGUCCUUAACAAAAAAAGAAUUAUAAGCCCAGACUGAUGCCCUGCACAGAAUAAUCUGCCCCCCAUUUUUUAAAAAAUCAAGACCAGCUAUAAAUAAGUCGUAUUUGUUAAAUGAGUAAAUAUGCCAUACUUUUUAGUUACUUCGAUUUAUUAACAUCAAAGUGUAUAUCAUGUUUAAUUUUGUUCGUGAAGCCAUUAAUAUUAAUUCAGAUGAUUGCAAAUUUGUUGUUUUUCCUUACAGUUGAACGCUUAGAAUAUGUAGAAUGUUUUCCCCCCUCAGUUUUCUAAAUUCCAGCGACAACUCACAAACAAAAUCAAUAAAAUAAAUUAUUAUGGUUUUUGGACUUGGUGUUCCCCAUAGCUCAGGCAAGAUCAUAUGAUUUUGGGAAGGACUUUUUAAAGGGAAAGACGACUUGAUCUGGUCAGUCUUGUUUUCCGCGGUGUCUUCAGCCUUUGUGCUUUGGGUACUUCAUUUCCGUCAUAUUCACGGGCUAGCGAAAACUGAAGGUUUCUCCAAAUUGAACAAACUACUUUUAAGUUCCUUCUCUGUCCAUGCGGCCGGUACAUUUUAAGAUGAAUAGUGAUUAUUAUUUCUCCCAAAAUGGGAUUAGUGUCCUCAGCAGCUGUGCAAUUGUGGGUACUUGUGCUUGAGAAGGCUUUUAAUUUCUUGUUAAGUGUUUCUGAUGAAAGGUGUAAGAGGGUCGGUGUAGGAAAUGCAUCACAAAACUGGACAGCCCAUCUGCAGGGGUAUAAGAGGAGAUGAUGUUCAUUAUCGAGAAUUAAAAGGUCAGUGUCUUCCCAAACUAGAGAGCAAGUUGGAUACAGUUUUAAAGCAGCUGCCAGGGACAAUUCAUCUUUAAAGAAGUCUAACUUUGCAAUAAAUUGUAGUUUCUUGAAAAAGAGUUUUGACUUCUAAGUAAUAGAUAUGGUCAGUUUGCCCCACAGAGCUCAGCUUCAGUGUGGCAUUUCUGGUUUUAUGUUCUUAAUUAAAAACAACUCCUAUUUAAAUCUCAUUUUCCAUUUAUUAUCAGUUUCGUUUUUCCAUUAUUGGUUCUGUAUCCAGCCCUUUAUAUAUUAUUAGGAUACAAAAUGAGCCCUUGUGUGCUAUAUUGCGAUAUUACUUGUAUGUCUAAGAUGUAUACGUGUGUGCAUGAUUUUCAGUAGAAAUUCAUAUAUUUUAUAAUUGAUAUGCUCUUCAGAGUGUGUGUUCUCUCCCAUAAAAAGCAAUGGGAUGCUAGGCAAAAUGGAAGGUUGAACAAAAUAUUUAUAGCCUCUGCUCUUUCCUAAAAUCUCCACUAAAGUCACAGUGACUGGGGGAUAGAAAAGAGCAUAAUCUGACAAGGAUAAGGCAUGCCGAAGCAAAGACAACAGGAACACAAUUUUUGAAGCUGGAAAGCAGGUGGAGUAGUGUAUGACGUGGCAGGCCCAGCAAAGCCAAGUUCUAAGCCAGUAGUAGAAACAUGAGAAUGAUCCAGCGUGCCCUGUUCAGAUUUUGGGAUAUAGCCUUCAAGACUUUUUUCUAUUUUUGUGGUUAAAAGCAUGAUAUGAAUACUUCUGUACCCACCUUUCUUAUUUAACAAUAUACUGACAAAGUAUCUGCAUCAUUUUAAUGACUAUAAAUGUUUCAUUCUAUGGAUGUACUUACUGCACAUUCUUAAAAUUAACCAGUUCCCUCCUGUUUGCACAUAUAGGUUUUUAGAUCAUUUAUUAUUUUAAACAGCCCUACAAGGAAAAUUCCUAAGCCUAAUAAAAUAAAUACCUAAAAGUGGAAUUGUUGGGCUAAAGGUUUUUUAGAGGUCAUAGGUAAAGAUUACGAUAUUGUCUUUCCAGAGAGAUGGUACCAAGUUAUACUCCUAUCAUUAUCAUAUAAGAAUACUUCCACCAUUAGCAUGUUAUAUACUUUUUUCAAAGAAUCUCAACAGCCAGCAUGGAGCUCCAAGAUCAAGAGUUGCACGCUUUACUGACUGAAACAGCCAGGCACCCCUGCAUAUUUUUUUUUUUAAAUCUGAGAUCCCCAUGCUUAAAAAUUCACAUAUAUGCAGCUACAUGAAUUUAUUAGAAACAGGAGAAAACUCUUGCUUAGUUGACUUUAUUAGCUUUGAACAUAAUUCAAGUGAAAGUCAAACAUAGUGCCCCAAUUGUGGUCUCUGAAUGCCAUGUUCUUCAAAGAAACCGGACGUCCUUGAUGAAUGGCUAAUUCUAGGUCUAGAGAAAGAAAUGUUCAAGAAGAGCCUUAAAACCGCUCUGUCAUACCAAAAAGCAAAUAAGCCAUUAGAAGUCUGUCAAAAAAGAUUCAGGAGGCACCUUGAAGAAGUUCCCACUGGCCAAAGCUGAGACAAUUUUAGCAUCAAUAAGGAUAAUAUCUGCAAGAGAUUGAAGCUCAUAUUAUUUACUCUGUGAGUUGACAAAAUCAUAGUUACCUUUGGAAUAUGCUCUUAAAGAAAUACACCAGCUAAGGAGUUAAAGAGGAAGGAUAGGCUAUCACUGUUUUACCCCACAAUAAUUAAUGGAUCUGGGCAAUGAUCACCAGUAACUGCUAACCCCACAAAGAGGUAGCAAACAUUUUGUGCCUCUUAAUGGAAAUACAUAUACCACUUAUGAAGCAGUUCUGCCAAAAGUCGAAUCCGAUGCUGACUGAGCCUCCAAAACUGAUCACCUCUUUACUAGAAAUACAGAAAAGAAAGGAACAUGUUAAUUGAUGCCACAAGAGAUUCAAUCAGCAAAAUCCAGUCUCUGGAAAACUAUAGGACCAGUAACCCCGUUUGUUCAAUAACUGAAUUGCAAGGGGAAAAAAAAAAACAAAACGAUGGACUAAAAGGGAUAUAUCUACCAAUACAAUUUAUGGGCUUAUUUGGAUCUUGAUUUGAAUAAACUUAAUAAAAAAUGAGACCAUUGGGGAAAUCUAGAAAUAACUGGAUAUUUGAUGACUUUAAGGAGUUUUCCAAUUAUUUUUAGGUGUGUUAAUGGUGGUGUGGUUACAUUUUUACAAGGAACCCUACUAGAGAUGCAGAUUGAAAUACUUGAAAUAAUACAGCAUUUACGAUCUGCUUAAAAAUAAUUGAGUUGGAGCUGGGUAGUGUGUGGGAAUACAGAUGAAACAAGGUUGACCAUGAGUUGAUAAUACUGAAACUGUGUGAUGGGUACUUGGGAAUUCAUUAUACUGUUUUCUCGACCUGUGUUUAUAUUAGAAAAUUCCCAUGAACGUUUUUUUUUUUAAGUAUGAAUCAAAUUCAUAUAGAAACUCACUCGUUUUUAACAACCAUUCAUGAUAAUAGCCUAUAUUUACAAUGAUUUUUUAUAAUGAUUUUUUUUUACUGGAAUUAAACUUGACUCAAUCAAGCUAACAUAAUUAAUUAUAUUCUGCUCCAGUUACAAUGAAUGAUUAAUUGAUUUCAACUGCUAGGGUAAAUGCUUGAAGCUGUCAGUCAUUCAGCAGUCAUAGCAAGCGGGUCAUUCCAUCCCUCCUUGCUCACUAGUUUUUGUUGGUCUUAUUUAUUGGCAUUUAACAUGUGUGUCCUAUAGUAGAAUAAAUAGGAAAAAUAACUAGACUCGACUCUUUCUUGUUGAAAUGAUAAUGAUCUCCAGAGGUGGAAAUAUAUCUUUAAAAAGGUAUCCUGGAGUUGUUUGUUCUCAGUAUGAAGAAAUUAGAAUAAUUUGAUAGAGUGUAGGUUGUCAUAUAAAAAGUGAUUGCAUUGCAUGAGUUUUGGAAAUAAUUUUGGAAAAACAAAUACUGAACGAAUUAAGCAAUUCUUCAUUCAUUCUAAAUGUAUAUUUUAUUUUUUUCUCCUCUGCCUUUUGGGCAUGGGAGUUUUGGGGUGUGUAUUUCCAACAAAAAGUCCAGUUUUUAUAAAUCGAGGUGUCAAUAUGUUGUGAUUAAUUUUCACUAUUUAAUAGUUCUCAUUUUCCUUAAGUCCCUAUUAGUAGCAUCUGUGAAUACGUGAACUGACCUUUUAACCAUUCUUCUCUCCCCUCCCCCCUUGCUUUCUUGAAAUCUUAUCAGGAUGUUUGGAAUUCUUUGGCUCCGAUGGUAUGCAUAGACUGGCUUGCAUGCCCUCGGUAACCUCAGUUAUUCAUUGGAUGGACCAUUAAGCACUUGGUUGUGCCAGCACCUCUCCUAGAUUAAUAGGAAUAUAGCGGUGAACCUAACGCUGUCCCUGCCUUGUGAAGCUUAUGGUCUGCUAGGUUAGACAGAUGGUAAUCAGUCAUGUGGGUGCAUGUACAAUCUCAAGCCUGAUAGAUGCUGUGAAGCAGACACUUUGGUGAUCGGAGAGCCGAUCGUGCAGGGAUGGAUGGGACUGAGGGAGGAGGUGGGACCUGGUCAGGAAGGUCAGGGAAGACCGCCCCAAGAAAGUGGUGCCUGAGCCCAACUCUGAAGGAUGAAGAAAGGCUAAGAGGCUCAAACAGAUUUUUUAAUAAUGUUGAAUGGUUCUAUACUGGUACCGAUAGCUAAUUUUUCUUUGGGGGAAAGGCAAUGUUUUUUACUCUUGAUUCGAUUAUAUCUACGCCUUGCCAUUCAGGUUCCCUCGCGUAGUUCUGGACGGUGGUUUUCACUUUGCCGUAGCACUGUGUUCGUUGACCGAAGAGCUGGCCUUUCCUUGGGCAGAUGGGUCCUACUUGCUCGUGGUUCUUGAGGGUGUUGGCCUGACAGCUUGGAGGCUGUGAAAGGCUCUUGGCUUUUCAGACCUUUUCCUCUGAAUCAUGGCCACCCAUCAGCUCAGGAUCAGGACGUCUAACCUCGUAGCGUGCUUGGUGAGGUGACCUCCGUGUGCUCUCUGGCAUUCUGUACGUGCUUCUGGCGUAGCUCACACGGCACUGCAGUGCUAAGCCUGCUUCAGCUAAGCCAAGCUCUGGAAAGGGUCGUUGAUACUCAGUGGCUACCUCAUUCCCGUUCACUCACCAACCUCCUGCAUUCUGUCCUCACAGCCCUCCGGGGACAGUGAUCUGUGCUCUCAGGGAGCUCAUAGUCUAGUAGGAAAAAAGAGCCCAGCAUUUAUAAUGCUGAGGGAUUUGUGCUGUAAAACACACAGACACGGGGUGGCUAGAGGCUGAGAGGGGAUGCGCAUGUGAGCUGACAUGACUCCCCCAAAGAGAUAGGCUUGAACUGAGUUUUGGAGUUUUAGUAAAAGUUUGCUUGAACUUGUCCAAACUUCUUGUCACAAGCUUUGAGCAAUGAUGUAAUUGCAGGGUGGUUCCUUGACGGUUUCCUGCUCUGUCAUACGUCCAUGCCCAUGGCUAUGUUUUUCCCUCUGCCUGGAUUGCCCCUUCCCUCUUGGUUCUUCUACUUUUUUGGUCUCUGUGUCCUUGAACUUGGUCAUAGUAAGUGUUCCAUAAACAUUUAUAUUUUAAUAAAGGGUGUGUGCUUUGUAAAUAGGCAGUGAAGCUAAUUUCACAAGAUAAGCACAAACACCAGUCUCAUUACAACAUAUUACGGAUACCCAUAUUUCUAACUUUUAACAUCUCUGAUUCUAAAUCCCCUCGCUGCACAACCUCCUCCCUUCGCCCCCAGAGAAAUUUUCUUUCAAAAUCUAAUAUGCACUUACAUUUAGAGAGAAUGAAAUCUACCCACCACAUUCUCCGCAAAUGGGAAAAACACAGCUUAGCUUUGGAGUGUGUAAGCAACAAAUUGAAGCUCCUGGCAGCAGGAGAGCUAGAUUCAGAAAGCUCGAAUUAGAAAUUAAAUGGGGAGGCCCUCGCUUCUUCAUGUGUGAACAAGUAUUUAGCUAAAUCAUCUCUGGCAUUUUUUUAUUUGACUAUUUCAUAACGAAAAGUGAAAGUUAAACAUUUUGGAGGUGGUAUUUUCCUGCCACAAAUCUCCUGAUCGACAUUUUUCUAUAAAGUUUUCCCACAAAAUUCUAGUUAUGUGGGUUUUUAGAUAAAUACUCAGAAAAAGAAAAGUUGGGAGGGGGAACGGAUCCCAGGGUCAAAUGGAAAUGCUGACUUAAAAUCAAACGUGUCUUUGUUUAUUUUUAUUUUCAUUUAUUGAUUUAUUUUAAAUGAAGUACCUUUUAGAGCCUCCACUAUGAUCUCUAAAAGGGUCUUAGAGCAUGCAAUGCAUCCAACUAGUUAACUCUUCUCGUCUUUCUCCACUUGAAGAGUCUGGGCUCCACAGAAGCAUUUUGGGGAUUGCUGCUUAGACGGCGGCUACCUUUGUAAGGUCCCCAGCCAAGGACCAGUUCUGCUUACAUAAGGAGUUCUCACUGGGCUGAAGUUUCACGAAUGCUACAACACACAAUGCCAAGGGCCUUGGGGGGAUGACAGUCGCAGAGACUCGGAGGACAGGCAACUUAGCCCCUCCUUUGCCUCUUAGAAGCCCCUCUGCUUUCUGUGGCAUUCAUAAAAACAGCUGUCUGGGAGAGUGGUCUCCAGCUUUGUUGAUCUUCUACCCUACACUUAAAAAUCUUGAGUACAUACUCCUGAUAAGGAAAUAGAAAUGUACUAUUGCACUAUUAUGUAUGUUUGAAAAUAUGCAAAACUUUUAAGGAUAAGAUUAAAAGUUAAUGGAAGUUAUUCCACAUUCCGGUGAGUCAUUUUGCACAGGCCUGGGUGUGUGAACAACCCACUUUGUAAACCUCUGGCUUCAGAGACAGAAUCUACAUAUCUUUCAAAUUACCUGUCACCCUCCCUGCAUUCCUGGGUUAAGUGUGCUUUCCAGUGGAACAUUGUAGCUGUUGAAGAAGGCAGGCCACCUCUCCAUAUUUACUCCUAAAGAUGUUGGAGAGAGUAAGUGGAAAAAGCAAGUAUUAAUAAAUAUGUAUGGUCUGGUUUCCUGUAUGUAAACAUUUUUAAGUUUGUAAAAAUGUAUAAUUUAUGUAUAAAAAAUGUCUAAAUUGAUACAUUAAAAACGGUUAUUUCUGAGCACUGGAAUUAAGGGUUUGGGGAAAGGAAGAGGAUUAUAUCUUUCCAUAUUGUUUGAAUUUUUUAUGAACUUGGAUUCUUUUUAUAAUAAACAAUUUUUAAAGUCACUAAA